GAAGAAUGGCGCUCUGGAGAGCGCUACCUCGCCGCGCUCGCGUCGCUGGUAGCGGCAUUAGGUUGUUUUGCAGCGCAGUCGUGCGCGAUUCCUCUCACGCGAUCACGCGCCAGAAUUUCGGGGCUGCAUUCCAGCGGCUCAAGGGCCUCCUCCGCGAGGCGGAUUUCGUGGCGAUGGACCUAGAGAUGUCGGGGGUGCACAGCGCGCCCUGGCGCAAGAGCAUGGAGCUCGACACGCUGGAGACGAGGUAUCACAACGUGAGGGAUUCGGCAGAGAAAUUCUCGUUGCUGCAAUGUGGCUUGUGCUUGUUUCGAUACGAUCAGGCUUCUUCCAAGUUCUUGGGACACCCGUUUAAUUUUUUCUUGUUUCCUCGAAACGAGCUCGUUCUUGAGCGCGACUUCUUAUGCCAGACAUCGUCACUAGAGUUUCUGGCAAAGCACCAUUUCGAUUUCAAUGCUUGCAUAUACAAUGGAAUCUCGUAUCUAUCAAGGAAAGAAGAAGGGAAACUUCGGGCAUUGCUUGCAAAAAAAGGGGAGGACGAACUUCCUGAAGUUUCCAUGCGUAAGACAUCCGACUUGAUUUUCAGCGAGAGAGUUAGACUCCAAGUUGGUUUAUGGCGUGCGUCCAAAAUCAUGGCCAAGCACAAAGCCAAGCAGGAGGAGUCUUCUGGUCGUUCUUCCAUGCCUGACGAUGAAGCUCCACUUCCUUCUCUAGUCAUCAACGUUUCUGACAAGCGCCAAGCAAAACUUGUUUUGAAGGCCGUGAGUAGUAACUUCGACGAUUUGGUGCCUAUGAUCGAAGAUAAUGAGAAAGAGGCGACACAGGUGAAAGUCAUCUACACUGGGUCCUCGGAGCACAAAAUUGCAUUACAGGCCGACCUUGACAAGGCAAAGCUGGAUCUCAUGGAGUGUGAUGUGAUGGAGGCAGUGGGUUUUCGGCAAGUAAUUGAUGCAAUCUCGGAGUCGAAAAAACCCAUCGUGGGCCAUAACUGCGUUCUAGAUCUUGCUCACAUCUACAACAAGUUUAUUGGACCACUCCCGGAUAAUUAUUCCGGUUUCUGCAACGUCAUUCACGAACUCUUUCCCGCCGUCAUAGAUACGAAGUACAUGCUCAAAGUUCUUCGGACGAGCAUCAGUACCACGUCUUUGUACCCCGUGUAUUCCUACUACUUUGGUGAGGAUGCGAAGAAAAACACCAAAACGAAGGCACAUUCAACAGUGAACGUGGAAAUUGCUGAUGGCUUUCACAAGUACUCUGACGCGGAGUUAAAACAUGAAGCAGGAUUUGAUGCUUAUAUGACGGGUGCAAUCUUUGCCCAGCUGUGGCGGACAGUGGUCUCCAAUCCUACCGAGUUUUAUGCACUCUCGAAAAAAAUCCUUCGUGGAACCCACGCUAUCUCGGAGUUUUCCAACCUUCUCUACAUGGGCUGGGCUGGUCAUUUCGUGCUGGACUUGAAGACGGGGAAAGAAGCCAAAGGCUCUAAAGCAUUGCCGGAACGAGAAAGCUACUCAGCCCGACGUCCUGCCAGUGAUGCCGCGGUUAUUGUCUGGUCACAGGACCCAGUUGGUUCAUCCCGCCAGCUUCAGAAACUGGUAAAGAGCUGCUUCGAAGAGACUCAGUUCUCAUCCGAGGUGGAAGUUAUUCCGGUGUCCGAGAAUGCAGCGUUCCUGGCUUUUAAGAGCUUGCGUUCCUCGGAGGAGUUUUCACAAGCUCUCGAAAGCAUCAAGACAAAGAGGAAAAAGUUGAACACUAUCGCCGCAAGGCUUUCAUCGAGCGGUCUAGAGGGUGCGCGGUUUGGAACCUUCGAAAAGCUCUGCAAGUCUGAACUCUCAACUUUUAACAUCGGGGAUGCCAUACAGUCGAUAAACUGCUUCUCCGACGACGAACUCGCCGCCAGCAUAGAAAAUGCGGAUGCUCCGGACGACUUGCAAGUAGCCACCGUACAAGGAUAGUUCUCCGCCCUUGAAAAGCUUCACCGAACUUCAAUCUUGACUUUCAAAGAGUGAAUGCUGUUCACGGCAUCCCUGCGCUUUCACGUGGUGGAAAAAAAAGGCCGUAAGUCAAAAGCUUGUGGGUACACCUCUUUUCACAAGCCCGCAUUUGCUAAGGAUGAAGAAUCGCUAUCAAAGUCUAGCGCUCACUCUUGUGAUCGAUCAAAACACCCGGCGGAGCUUCAUAUCAAUCUAGAAGUUUACAUCAGCGCAGUGGUGAUUGGAUCGAGGGGGUCGGUCGGGUGAUAAAUGCCUCUGUGCUCCAUCCUGUGACUUGGAUUCUCUGGCUGGCCGGUCGUCAAGUGAAAAGAGCACAGGCUUUUAAGCUUCAUAGAUGAUUCAGCGAUGAUGGCGGUGGCGAUAUCAAAGGCCGGACGAGUUUCGUCAGGGACGGGUUUUAGUUGCCUAACUGUUUUUGAGGUGCUCGCCGCCGAGAGAGAUUGGAUGAUUGACUCGGAAAAUACUAUUCUAUUGUCAUCGA